GAGAUCCCGGGGUAGAGACGGUAUCCGAGAUGGCGGACCGGAACAUGGGAUGAGUUAUUUAACUGACAAGCUGAAACAGCAAGGUAAACAUUGAAAACCACAUCACUAUUAGAUCAACACACAAUUUGGAAAAUCAAAUAAUAAUUUGUCGGGUGUUCGUUUAAUGUAAAGCCAUAGUGACCGUACUAGGACAUCGGUCACGGAGUGGGCACUGCAGCGAGGACACCGAAAUAUAACAGACAGGACUGACAGGAAGGGAACCAUCUCGUAACCAAGGCAACAGAAGUUUCCAUCGGCGUCAUUAAAUGGCAUCCAACAAGUAUGUACGCUACAAGAAAGUGUUUUCAUCUCUACAGAAGGCGGAAAUAGACAUGUACCGUGACGUAUUCAAGUUUUUCGACAAGACCAACAGAGGCUACCUGAUAGUGGAGGACUUCGCUAGGGCUCUACAAUGUAUCAGCCAGUCCCCGGCGGAGGGCGAGGCCGAGGCUCUGCUUAAACUUCACGACGUCAACGGUGACGGCAAGGUGACGUUUGAGGAGAUGGUGGUGAUUACAGUAAAGAGAAAGAAGUUAUCAGACGAUGAAUCAGAGAUUCAAAAAGUGUUCAGGAAGUUUGACAAAAACAGGGACGGAUUUCUGACACGAGACGAGCUCGCGGAGGUCGUAACCGCUAUGGGUGAAAAACUUGGCAUAUCAAGCGUAGAAGAUAUAAUGGAACAGUUCGACAAAAACCACGACAACGUCAUACAAUAUGAAGAGUUCGCAAAGAUGAUGGAAGGGGGCAAUGAUGCUGAUGAGGAGGGGAGGGAGGAACAAGACGAAUCGAAGGCGGAGGCUAAUGCCGACGCGCCAACGGACAAUAACGUUGACGAGAAACCUGACGAGAAGACACAAGAAAAGAGUGAAGCAAAGCCCGAAGGAAAAUCCGGAACGAAGGGUAGUAAUAGCAAAUCAGAAGGGAAGAGCAAAACAAAGGGAAGUAAUAAAACUGGAGGCAAAUUUGGAACGAAAUCUGACGGUAAAACAAAUUCGAAAAAUGACGCUAAACAUGCCGCAAAAAGUGACGUGAAAGGUGACGUCAAAACGGACGACAAGUCUAACGUGAAAGGCGAAGCAAAACAAACUGGUAAAUCUGGUGCGAAAAGGGACGUUAAGAGCGACUCGAAAUCAGAAGCCGGGUCCAGUAUAAAAAGUGAUUCUAAAUCUAACAGUACAAAAAGUGAUUCUAAGUCCGACAGUAGUUUAAAUCAAGAUGACGCAAAGAGUGAGACAAAAUCUGACGCGCAAGGAGACAUAAAAGCGGUCAUUAAACUUCAAGGAAAAUCAGACGGGAAGAAUGCCAAGGAAAAAGAGAGUAGGUUGAGCGCAAAAAGUGACACCGGAAGUGAUACAAAAUCGGACGGGAAGUCCAGUCCGAAAGUUGACUCGAAACACAACACAAAAUCGGUUGCUGGAAAAUCAAAAGGCGACCUGAAGUUGCAAAUAAAAGCAGACUCCAAGGGAAACAUGAAAAGUGACAUGAAAUCGCACACACGAAGCGACUCAAAGGGAAGUGACGCUAAAUCGCACACACGAAGCGACUCAAAGGGAAGUGACGCUAAAUCGCACACACGAAGCGACUCAAAGGGAAGCGACGCUAAAUCGCACACACGAAGCGACUCAAAGGGAAGUGACGCUAAAUCGCACACACGAAGCGACUCAAAGGGAAGGGACGUUAAAUCGUACACACGACGCGAUUCAAAAGGAAGCAUAAAAAGUGAUGACGGGAACACAAAACCUGAGAAAAAAAUAUUCAAAAGAACAGGCUCUGAUGGAAGCAUAAAAAGUGAUGGGAAAACCCAAACAAGAAGAAAUUCAAAGGGGGACAUAAAACCGGAGAAAAAAAUGUUCAAAAGAACAGACUCUGAUGGAAGCAUAAAAAGUGAUGGGAAACCCCAAACAAGAAGAAAUUCAAAGGGAAAUAUAAAACCUGAGACAAAAAUGUUCAAAAGAACAGACUCGAAGGGAAGCGUGAAAAGCGAUACUGCGUCUAUUUGAAGCUCAACGGACGAAAACAAAUUAUCAACCAAUACAAACAACAAAACCUGAACUGAUAUCAUGAUCAGUUCUAGUUUAUAAUUACGCCCCAAUAAACCUUGAAAACUGAUGUGAUCCCCGUAGAUGGGUAGCACCUUCGUUACGUGAUAUUUAUAUUAACGAAAUAUUCUGCCUGUUAUUCGUCCCAAUUAAGGGAUUUUGUUCAAUAAAUUUCUCGUGUGAAAUUUCAUGUUAGAAAUGUUCGUAUGCUACAUCUAUUUUCAUUCCCGAAUCAUCAAAUCUUAUCAAGUCUCAAAUCUUUUCAUUACAUCAAGCGUAAUAGCUGUAUACAUAUGUAGCAGGUUUCUUCCUUACACCAAACGACGUGUUUUGUGAGGAAUGGUAAUCGUAAAAGGUACAAUGCAUGUUUAACUCAACCAAAAGUUUGUCAAACAUUUCCGCUUUGAUAACUGUGCAAUACACACCCUGUUCUCAUGAUCCAACGGUGGAGCUGUCAUGUGAUUUCAAUUCUUGGUGUACCCAAGGUCUUCCCGAAAUGGCGACUGAAAUCCAUGUUCAUGUUUAUAAUAAUGAUGUAUCUUUAUGAACAAUAUCUUUAUUUUACCCACCUCAACAACGAAGCUUUCCAAGCAGAUUUUUUAGAUGAUUUUUUGUAAUCAAUAAAAAUCGAAAUUUC